AUGGCUUUGGACGUAGGCACACGCUACGCAGGUCUUCGGAACAGUGGUAGACAGCAGCCAGCAGCUGAUACGGAGUACGGAGAAGCACCAAGUCACAAGCCUCAGCAAUCUGACGAAGGGGUCAGCUACGAUGACCACAGCCCGUCCAGCAAGGGCCAGGGGCAGCCAUGGGCUCACGGCGGUGCGGGAAGCACUCAGCCGGAAUCAACACGGUCGCUCUCCAAGACCCAGAAGCGGCGAGACAGCAUCGAGCCUCCACACGACGAGGAAUCCGCCAGGCAAGUUCAUGGUAGGACGAUGGGCCGAAGCACGAUGGGCUCUCACAGGCAGGCGUGGCAACCCCGCCGCCAGUCAAACGCCGGCAUGGCUGGGAAGUGUCAAGAGGUGGGGCAGACGGACGGCCAGGGGGAGGGAUUACAAUAUCCGCGCCGCCGGCGGGGAAGCGUGCAUGCGACCCGCUGUCAAAUAUACGUGAAGGCGAACGCCGCGCACAGGCAGUGUACAGGCGUGGCCGCAAUCGUCACGAUGCUGGCCCCGGAAGUUCACACAUCCACAACUCCUGGGGGCCAGACGACCACGAAAGCCGAGUGGUCACACUGUGCGGACGCCGACACGUUUCUCGCAAUGUCUCUGCCUGAGACGAGAAUACUCCCGAUGCCUCUGCAACCGACGCCGCCGCCCCAGACACCGCCCCCGACGUUGCCGCCUCCAGCUGACCAAUGGGUUGCUGGGGCGGCGCCAGGCAGCAGCGACAUCAAGACAACGCACUGCAAGGCUGCUGAUGCAACGACAGUCCAUGACAUCAUCAUCACACCGCCCCCGACGCCGCCGCCCCCGAUGCCGCCGCCCCCGACGCCACCACCGCAUGCCGAGAACGCUACUGCCGGCCAACAGGCCGCCGAGGCAGUUACGCACCAUGCUAUGAUCAACACGCCGCCCCCGACGCCGCCGCCCCCAACUGCCGUGAAGGCUCCCGGGGGAUUGACGCGGUGCAAACCGGCCGUGCUGCCACAUCCGCCAGAGGACAAAACGACCACUGAGGCGACAAUGACCACUGAGUGUGGCACUCUCCGGGGGAUCAGACACCUGCCGAGUCAUUCACAGUCGGCCCGACGCCACAUCACGCACGUCACCACGGGUGUGCCACUCACGCAAGCCACACACAUCACCAAGGAUGUGCCACUCACGUCAGACACUCAUGUCACCAAGGGCAUGCCACUCACGCCAGCCACGCAUGUCACCAAGGGCGUGCCACUCAUGCACGUCAGAGAGGGCGUGCCACUCACGACUGCCACGCACAUCACCAAGGGCGUGCCACUCACGCACAUCAGAGAGGGCAUGCCACUCACGCCAGUCACUCACGUCACCCAGGGCGUGCCACUCCCACCCGCCGCGCACGUCACAGGGGGCGUGCCACUUCCGCUCGCUGCGCACUGCACAGAGGGCGUGCCACUUCCACCUGCCAUGCACGUCACAGGGGGCGUGCCACUUCUGCCCACCACGCACGACACAGGGGGCGUGCCACUUCCGCCCGCCGCGCAAGUCACAGGGGGCAUGACACUUCCCCCUGCCUCGCACGACACAGGGGGCGUGCCACUUCCACCUGCCAUGCACGUCACAGGGGGCGUGCCACUUCUGCCCACCACGCACGACACAGGGGGCGUGCCCCUUCCGCCCGCCACACAUGACACAGGGGGCAUGCCACCUCUGCCCGCCGCGCACUGCACAGAGGGCGUGACACUUUCGCCUGCCCUGCACGUCACAGGGGGCAUGCCACUUCUGCCGCCAUGCCCACCACUGAGGGUGCACCACUGCCACCCACCACACAUGCCGCUGAAGGCGCCACGCCACCGCCCGCCACUGAGGGUGCGCCACUGCUGCCCGCCACACGCGCCGUUGAAGGUGCCACGCCACCGCCCGCCACAAAGAGCAUGCCACCUUGGGAGCGCCGCCGCCUGCCGCUGA